UAAUAAAGUAAUUUACUGAAAUUGAGGAAAAAAGGAAAAUUGGACAGUUAAUCGUGAUUGGUCGUGUCAUGUGGCGCCACUCGAGUCCUGGCUGUCUGCUCCUUGCGCUAUUUCAGAUUCAGAAAUUUUUGUGACUUGCCGACUGACUCACUCACUGCAUCCACAAGACCCCAACUUUCUGCCUCCAUCCUUCUUCUGCUACUCGGUAUGAUGAGCUCUCGCGCGCUUUAAUCUGGUGGGAUUCGUCGAAUCAUGAGGGUGCCUGUUUGAUUAGUUGAGCGAGCAUUUGAUCUGGUUAGCAACCAAGGCCGCGGAAGGGUGAGGAAUUUGGAGCGAGUUGGGUUGGGGAUUACUAGCCGCCGUCUAGGGAGGAAUCGCCGGCCACCGGAUGAGCGCCUCGAGAUUUAUAAAGUGCGUCACCGUCGGGGACGGAGCUGUGGGGAAAACUUGCCUGCUCAUUUCGUACACCAGCAAUACUUUCCCUACUGAUUAUGUCCCAACUGUGUUCGAUAAUUUCAGUGCAAAUGUUGUAGUGGAUGGAAGUACUGUUAAUCUAGGAUUAUGGGAUACUGCAGGUCAGGAGGAUUACAAUCGAUUGAGACCAUUAAGCUACCGUGGAGCUGAUGUUUUUAUACUUGCAUUCUCUCUUAUAAGCAAGGCCAGUUAUGAGAACAUAUCUAAGAAGUGGAUCCCUGAAUUGAGGCAUUAUGCUCCUGGAGUUCCAAUAAUUCUUGUGGGAACAAAACUUGAUCUCCGUGAGGACAAGCAGUUCUUUAUAGAUCACCCAGGAGCUGUUCCGAUCUCAACUGCACAGGGAGAGGACUUGAGGAAAUCGAUCGGAGCAACAGCUUAUAUAGAAUGCAGUGCUAAGACACAACAGAAUGUGAAAGCUGUGUUCGAUGCCGCAAUCAAGGUAGUCCUGCAGCCACCAAAGCAAAAGAAGAAGAAGAAGAGAAAGGGUCAAAAGUCGUGCAGUAUCCUGUGAACUGGGAAAGAAGGAAGGACUUGUGCUGAAGAUCUCACUGUCACUUUCCCCUGAAGAAUGCAAUAUCACCCCCCAGCCCAGGAGUUGUGUUCUCCUCUGACCACCCCUACCCCUACCCCCACCCCCACCCCCACCCCACACCAGCUAGCUACUUAGUUUGUUGGUUACUCUGCAAUUGUCGUGAUCUAUCUAGUGUUGAUAAUAUCAAAAUUUCAUCCAUUUAGGGCUGGAUUGAAGAAGAAAAAAAAGAGCUUGUGUUUGUCUUGUCUUGUCUAAUACUACAUAUGCAUCUCCAGAAUCUGGAUUUUUAUGAAGGGCUUUAGAUGUGUUGGGGGUAAAAACAGAUGCAGAGUUUCGAGUAUUAUUUACUUGUUAUUACAACCAAGUGAAAUGAAUUGACACUUGCUCCA